AGAGAGAGAGAGAGAGAGAGAGAGAGAGAGAGAGAGAGAGAGAGAGAGAGAGGGCUAGAAGGUCCUCAGAGUGCAGAUGGAGCCCCUGGUCCCAGCAGGACUGGAUAAUCUUGUUGGAAAAGACGCACAGAGCGUUCUUGGCUCUACUCAUAGGAUGACAAUUUGUAUAACUACACCCGUUCCCGUCUAAAGAACUAUUUUCAAAGGUCUUAUCGGUCCGUUUUGCCAACACCUUCCCUCUCAGUGGAUUACGAUGCGGUUUGGAGUACGACGCAAAAGCUGUGAGGGUGGAGGUAUUCGCGUAUUGGCGUCCGGACUUCUAUGGAUGUCGUUCCCAAACGCUUCGGAAUGACUUCGGACAUGGCCGUUACGCAGAGAUUUUACGCGUGGAACGACUAAGGAGAACGACAGAGACUGAGAUGGCCUCCUCGAUUCAAAGACUGAAGCUUUCUUCCUUUUCCACGGGACGUCCCGGCAUGAGUUGGACACUGCGCCUCUUCUGCGCCACGUUCCUCCUCCUGCUGACGCUAUGCAACGCGUCAGAGAGAGGAUUUCCCCGAAGGACCGCGCCCUCCCGAGGGGGCGUGUCCAACAGGACACACCCCUCUCUGAACCCGGGGCAGCAUGCACUGGGCGGGGACGCCCUCCCGGACAUGUCCAGGGAUUUAACGCCAGGGAAUCGAACCCCGUUCUCCCAUUUGGCAAACCAGCGCCAAACCCGGGAGGGGGAGCAGGUGGGGGCGGGACCCAUCCGACGGCCCCUGCCGAGCCGGCGUCGAAUCCCGGUACAACGCACCCCCAAGACCCGGGUCUCCGCCCCUCAGGAGGUGGACAACCAAUCAGAGCCCGCGGUCCGAGCGCAACCGCCUUCGGCGCCUAGAAACCCUGCGCCCGGCGCGUCCGCAGCGUCCCCUGGAUCCCUGAACGUCCUGGCGAGCUUCGCCGGCAAGAACCGCGUGCUGGUGAUCACCGCGCCGACCGAGGCGGACGGCUACUAUCGCCUGAUGAUGGGCCUGUUGCGUUCGGAGGUGUACUGCGACAUGGCGGAGCGGCACAUGCAUCAGGUGGUGCUGUUCCAUCGGGAGGGCGCAGCCGGAGGCAAGGUGCGGCGCGUCUCGGCGCAGGGCGAGGUGACCGAGGAGCGGCUGGACCCCGCCGCCGUGCCGCGACUGAUGGCGUUCCUGAAGCUGGAGCGGGGGAAGUUCGGGAUGGUGCUGCUCCGGAAGAACCUGCAGGAGGCGGAGCGGUACCCGUACCCCGUGAGGCUGGAGGCCAUGUACGAGGUGAUGGACCAGGCGCCCGGCAGGAGGCUGGAGAAGGCCAGGCAGAAGGGGUUUGUGCAGCGGUGUAAGGCGGCCGGGGUGGAGGGGCAGGUGAAGGGUGGGGUUGUGACGGAGGGGGUGGAGGAGGAGGAUGAGGUUGCGAGUGCGAGUGCGACGACGAGCGCCACGACAACGACAAGGUUCACCACGACCACGACGAGAAGACCUGCCAGAACCACCCCCACCACCACCUCCACCACCACCACCACCACCAACCCACCUACGACAACCACCACUACCCCACCCACGACCACGUCCACAACCCCGCCCACAACCACCACCACCACCCGACGCCUCUUCAUAAAACGCAGACGUACGACCACCACCACCAAACUCCCCAAUACCACCACCAGAACCCAAACCACCACCACAACCACCGCCAUGCCCAGUACAACCAUCAUGGCCUCCACGACCACGCCAGCACCACCCACCUCCACCACUUCAACCAUCCCCCCUACCACCACCAACCCGGCCCCCCGGGAUACCCCCUCAUGGAGCGGGGUCCCCGUGCGGCCGCCGGACUCCCGGCGGAGUGCAAGGGUGAGGCCAGGUGCCAGGAAGGUGCGGAAGAAGCUCCUGCAAGUUGUCCCCACACGCCCCGCCCAAACCAAAACGGCGCCGGCCAUCGGAUAUUUUGAAGAGGCCGAGGGCGAGGGCGAGGAGAACAACCUCCUCCUCGGAGGAGGAGGGAGUCGGUCCCUGGACGACUGCAGCACCACGGCAACCACCACCCCUACUAGGAAGGUGGAUGCAGAGGAAGGCAGAAUUAAGGUGCAGGAAGGUGAGAUUAAGGUUCAGAAAGUAAGCAGGAAGGGCAAGGCGGACAAGAAGAAGAGAAAGAUGGCCGGGAUGGAGCUUCCGCCGAACCCGCAAGUCAGAAAGAGCGGUAAGAAGGGCGUGAGGUACCAGGAGAACCAAGAUGGCGACGGGCCUUCUGGGAAGCUGCCCAAAGUGGCCAGCCCGCUGACUGCCUUCUUUGGGUCCUUUGAGAAGCGCAGACGACUGCUGGUCAUCACGACCCCGGAAGAGGGGAACCGGAUGUACUCCCAACAGAGGGACGAAUACCUGGAGAAGGUGUGUGAGAUGGCCGUCCGCAAGCUGUCAAUCAUUACCAUCUUCGGAACGUGGAGCAACGGCACAAUGAAGAUCGACCACUACCAGCUGGAGCAGGACAAGGCUCUGAAGGGCGUCCCUCAGGACGACCUAACCAACCAGGAGCUGAUCCGAGCGCUGAGGACCGACCUUGGCCUGACCUUCAACGACUUCUACAUGGUUCUGACUGACUACGACAUGAGGGCCAAGCAAGAGUACGAGGUUCCGAUCGCCAUGACGGCCGUGCUGGACUACAUCGACACCUUCGACUCACGCAUCACAGAGAUGGACCAGCAGAAGAGGGACGGGGUCUCCUGCAAGAAGGAGGACAAGUCCAGAUCCCUGGAGAACUUCCUGUCCAGGUUCCGUUGGAGACGGAGAAUCUUUAUCAUCUCCACCCCUGAUGACGAGGAGUGGGCCUAUCAGCAGCAGCUCUACAGCCUGACCAGUCAGACCUGUAACCUGGGCCUGCGCCACAUGUCCGUUCUGAAGCUGGCCGGGAAGGAGGCGGAGCUUAUGGGCGGAACACUGGAGCUCUAUCCAAUCAACGGCAGCUCCAGCGUCGACCGCGAGGAGCUCUCGCCGCCGCUGGUGACCGACCUCCGGAACUACUUCCAGGUGAGCGCCGAGUACUUCUCCAUGCUGCUGGUCGGGAAGGACGGGAACGUCAAGUCCUGGUACCCAUCCCCCAUGUGGUCCAUGGAGCCCGUCUACGACCUGGUCGACUCCAUGCAGCUGCGGCGCCAGGAGAUGGCCAUCCAGCAGUCGCUGGGGAUGCGUUGCCCCGACGACGACGGCCGAGAGCGAGAGCACGACGGAUACGGUCACCGCGGUUACGGUUACUAGGCGGGGGGUGUCGGUUGUGGGUGGGAUGGGGGUGUUGUAAGGAGGAUGGAUGCGGUCAUCGUGGUUACGGUUACUAGGCAUGUGUGUGUGUGUGUGUGUGUGUUUCUACACACAAUGUUUUGAGUCACGUGGGCUGACAACACAACACAAAACUACACUACCCAAUCAAACACGGUCAACGGUUGUUGUAGUUACGGUUACAACGCGAUUCUGGUCAUAGUGGGUGUCGUGACGCUCAGUGGGUCGGAUGGGGGCGUCACCCAAGACGAUGGAUACGGUCACCCUGGUUAGAGUCGCUAGGUGACCAUUCUGGCGUGUGUCGUGUCGGUUGAUCGGAUGAGGGGGGUCGUGACUGGACGACGGGUAAAGUCACCACGGACACAACUUGGACAAAUUCGGUUACCGCAGUUACGGUUGCUAGAUGACUGUGCUGCGUGUGUCGAUUGACCAUAUGUUUUUAUCAAUGUUUAAGGCUCAGGGUACGAUUUGUAUUUUAACUGCUUUCCAGAAUGUGGUUGUAAUGAUUUGAGUGUGUUCAUUUUUGUAUUGUUGUGUACUUAAAUAUAUUCAAACAAUAUCGUAUAGAUGUAUUUUGAUGUUGUUGGACGAUGUCAAGCUCAGGCUUAAUGUACCAUUUCUGGAAUCUGAAUUUCUGAAUAAAAACGUUCACUUUGUUUUUACAUCCAA